UCUCAAUCCAACAUUUUGCUCAAUUGUCCUUGAAAAUGCAGUUCAUGAACAAUUUUAACAGAGCUAUGAAUUUACUCGAUGAAAAAUUUUCGUUCCUUGCGUCAGAAAAACAGAUAGUGAGCAGUGUGGAUGAAGAUGACAAGGUCAUUGUCUUUGAGAGGGGAGACCUAGUAUUUGUCUUCAACUUUCACCAAGUAAAUACAUAUGAAGGAUACAAAGUUGGCUGUGACUUGCCGGGAAAAUAUAGAGUUGCACUGGACAGCGAUGCUACGGAAUUUGGUGGACUUGGAAGAGUAAGGAACAUGUUAUACAUUUCCCUCGUUUUGCUUAACAUUCAACCCUACGACGUAGGACUCGUGUUACUUGCAUGGCAAGCUUAA